AUGUCGUUCCAACCGUUUCGACUGAUGGACCUCCCGGCCGAGCUGCGAUUGCAGGUGUAUCGAUCUUUACCCCGACAGAUAAAGCACACGCAUAUCAGGGUUUCGGACGCUCCGCGACCGAAAACCAUUAAAGUCAUUCUCAUCACGAGACAUAUACCGACAGCAAUCCUGCGUACAAGCCGUGCAGUCUAUAUGGACGCUAUCAGUGCCGUCCGCCGACUGCUCAGGAUGUUCAUUCUUGAGUCGCAGCCGAUGAUCAUCAACGUAUUUGCGCCGUCUACCAAGGUCCUUAAGAUCUUAGCAGCAGUUGGUGCUAAUUAUCAGUUGGAUAAGACUGGUUCAGAUGACACUGAGAAUCUGAUACACGACCCCAAUUAUCGUCCGUUCAUUCUACAAGCUACACAAAUCUUCACCCACCAAGGCCGAACCCGAAGACUCUCGUGGGCAAUGGUGAGCGCCCAUGGCCGAGAGUGCACUUGUACCGGGCGGGUCAGCGGUAUCAUACGCAUGAAUAACACGAUUUUGAACUGGCAUGUCUGGAAGAAUGUGGAGCAUGGUCACUCGUCCCCGCACAUCGAGGACAAGGGGUAUCUCAUUGUUGGAGCUGAGGAGGAUAUGGUCUUGUCGAGUGGACGGCUUCCUCAAAAGUGGACUCGGUCAGAGGAUGACCGAGAUGUACUGGCGGAGAAUUCCAUGGAUCAGGCAACUUGGGUUGGAGAGUGGUUGGCUUCUUGA